GGGUACAGAUCGACAUUCGGUCACGUGAUAUUUUUAUUUACCGGAAUUCCAAACUAUUCGAGAACGUUUACAAAUUUAAACAAAUUAAUCGAAAUUUUUACGGUAUAAUAAUUAUUCGUUAGUAUAAAUGGCCGAAAUAAAUAAUCGACCCGUCACGUGACGAAGUAAAAGUAUCAUCGGUUGGGGUUGACGGGAGCGAAAUUUGAAUUGGAAGUCGACUUUUAAAAGUUCCCGUUUCGUAAUGUCGGCGGAAACGGAUGGGCGUUUGGAUUGCGCAAAUUAUACGGAAAGCGACGCGAACGAAGCGGAAAGAUUAAGUUCGGAGAUAAUGGACGAGAAAAGACAAGAAAAUAUCGCUUACCAGUACUUGUGUCACUUGGAAGAAGCUCGAUUAUGGAUUCAGUCGUGUAUCGAAGAAGAACUGCCACCCGUUACGGAACUAGAAGAAAAUUUCCGUAAUGGAGUUUACCUUGCUAAAUUAGCUCACAGAAUUUCUCCCAAUACCGUUCCCGCUAAGAAGAUCUAUGAUCCUAAUCAAGAGAUAUAUUUAAAGAAGGGUCUGCAUUUCCGACACACGGACAAUAUUAACCAUUGGUUAAAGGCAAUGGAGGAUGUUGGCCUGCCUCUUCAUUUCCAUCCCGAUACGUUUGACGUGUACGAUAAGCGAAAUAUACCGAAAAUGGUGUACUGCCUCCAUGCUCUUAGUUUAUAUCUGUUCCAACUCGGACGUGCUCCCAGGAUUCAGGAUCUUUACGGACGUUUGCAUUUCAGUACGGAGCAGAUACGUGCCAUGGAGAGGCAAUUUGAGAGAGACGGUGUCGUUCUGCCGGAUUUUGGCAGGAUACAGGAUUCUAUUUGUCGGGCAAACAGGCAAGUUACGGUAGAUAAAAUUGGAGCCGCGAUACUGAACGGCGACGUUCCGGGUUUGAGGAAGGCUCUCGGGUCUUUGGUGGGCGAGGUCGAGAUCGAUCCGGGAAACGUGGAUGCUUACCUGCAAUUUUUAAGUAAUUUGUAUAAAGAUCGCGAUGUGAGUUGGGAACGGUUGAUUUCUACGGUGGCCGAAGCUAAUCGGAACGUUAACAUCCAAAAUUUUGUAAGUAAUUUCAAUCUGUCUUUAGAUUAUCGAGAUAAAGAUAUGAUGAUAAAAUACUUGCAAAACUCGCCGGAACCGUUAGAUAUUAUAGAAUCUGCUGUUGUUUUCUACAUGGAAGAAUUUUCUGUGAUAAGAAAGGAAAAUGGACAUAACUUGACUUACAAAGAAAUAAUGGGUGGACUGAAAGUUCUGACUGCCAUUGCACAAAUUAAUCAAAUCCUUGUGAACAAAGGCAAUCUAUUUGAAGGCUUGACUGAUAAAAAAGCUCAUAUCUGUGGAGUUAAUGUGCAGUUUGUUCCUCAAUAUGAAAUUUUAUUGUUACAAAUGAGAAAAGAUAAAAUUCUUAAAGGAUUUAUCCCCUUUCUAAAUCAUUAUGAAAUUCAAGAAGCAGUUGAUAAGGUGAACAAACAAAUACUUAAUCGGGAAGCUAUACGUAGGAUAAAUCAGACAAUACGUCAGAAUGACUGUAAGAAGCUAUUUAAAGUUUUGUCUUGUCCAGAAGCUUCCAUUCUUUGUGUAGAACCAAAAAAUUCUGAUUUAUAUCAGUUUUUAUUUGCUGAAAAACAAUCUAAAUGCAAAGAUGAAUAUAUUUAUCAAGAGGAGAUCCAAUCUAUUGUGAAUGAAGCCAACAGAAUAGCAUUAGAUGCCAACUGCACAUGCAUAACAAUUAUCACUGUCAAUAAUGCAGUUAAGGAUGAAAACUCUAGUAUUUUGAAAGAAGCAUUGCAAAUGCUAAAUCCUGUUUUGUCUAAUAAUUUAAAAAUUCUUCCUCAUUGUAUUGAUAAUUAUCUAGAGAAUUUAAAAAAAUUAAAAAUUAAGAAAGAAAAAUGGAGCAAGAAUUUAGGUAAAGAUGAUAUUGAAACGUCUUGGAUAACAUGUCAAUUACAUAAUUACUUUUAUUCUUUCAAUGUUAAGACACUUGAUUGUCAUUGGAUGCGUCCUCAGCUUGGCGUGGACUCUUGUUACCUAGAUCAAAAUGAUAUCACUUCAAUAGUAACUGGAGUAAACUCAGAAGAUAAAAGAAAACAAUUUCUCAAAUUCAUUGAGCCAAAAAUUGUGAUAUUGCAAAGUUAUGCUCGUGGAUUUCUUACCCGAUCACAUUUUUCUGCCAGAAUGAAUUCUUUUAAGCUUAACGUGGAUAAAAUUAUAAAGAUUCAAGCAUGGUGGAGAGGUUUAAUACAAAGGAGAAAAUACUUAGUUCAAAAACAUGCUUUAGCUAUUAAAACUCAGAAAAUUAUAAAGGUGCAGUCUUAUGUUAGAAGAUGGCUGGCUAAAAGGCAUUUUCAGUCUCUUUUGCUCAAAGAAUGUGCUGCAAAGAAAAUUCAAUUAUUUUGGAGAAGUUAUAAAACCAGACAAGAUUUUAAACUUAUACUACAUUCCUCUGCUCCUCCUUUAAGAGUAGUACAUAAAUUUGUUUAUUUGUUAAAUAUCAGUGAUAAAGAUUAUAAAGAUGAGUUAGAUUUACAAAAAACGAGAAAUAAAGUGGUGCAGACUAUAAAAUAUAACCAAAAAUUAGAAAAGGAAGUAAAUGAUAUGGACUUAAAAAUUGCCAUGCUGAUUAAAAACCGUCUGACUCUUCAAGAAGUGAUUAGUCAAAGAAAGAGGACUUUAACAGGAAAGAAAGAUGCACAACUAUCAGACAUAUCAUGGCUAGGCAACAAAAAGGGACUUGGAGCUUUAAGCAAAAAUAGCAGAACAAAAUUAGAGGCUUUUCAGCAUCUUUUCUACACACUUCAGACUGAACCUAGAUAUCUUGCAAAAUUGCUACUGAUCAUACCAAUAAAUCAAGCUUCUAAGUUCAUAGAAUCGCUCAUUUUAACAUUGUAUAAUUAUGGUUCUACUCCUAGAGACGAAUAUUUACUGCUGUGCUUGUUUCGUACAGCACUCGAGGAAGAGAUCAAAACUAAAGUUGAUCAUGUUGUAGACAUAUUAACAGGAAAUCCUCUAGUUAUCAAAAUGAUAGUAGGCUUUAAUAGAAACGGACAAGGUCAGACAUGUUUACGUGAAUUACUCGGACCUGUGAUAAAACAAGUUAUAGAAGACAAGACUUUGCAUAUUAAUACAAAUCCAGUCGAGAUCUACAAAUUAUGGAUUAAUGAAAUGGAAACACAAACUGGAAAAAUGAGUUCAUAUCCCUAUGUAAUAUCCCAAAGUGAAGCUUUACAACAUGAAGAAGUAAAAAAUAGGCUUGAUAGGACUAUCAGAGAUUUAAAAGAGAAAACAUUAUUAUUUUUUGAUACUAUUAUUCAUUCCUUGGAUAAAAUUCCAUAUGGAAUAUUAUAUAUGGCUAAAAUAUUGAAAAAUGCUCUACAUAAUAAAUUUCCCGAUGUCACAGAUAAGGAAAUUUUAAAAGUCGUAGGGAAUUUGCUGUAUUACAGAUACAUUAACUCUGCAAUUGCAGCUCCAGAUGCUUUUGACAUCAUAGAUGUUGGAUUAGGUAAUGCAUUAACGAUAGAACAAAGACGUAAUUUGGCAUCAAUUGCUAAACUAUUACAGUUUGCAGCAUCUGGUAAAAAGUUUAGUUCUGAUUCUCACCAUCUUACUUGUUUAAAUCCUUUUUUGAAAAAGUGCCACGAAAAAUUUAAAGAAUUCUUCAGGAAAGCUUGCACAGUGAAAGAACCAGAAGCUUAUUUCAAAAUGGAUUGUUAUUCAGAAGCUGCUCUUAUUGCUCAGCCUACAAUUUAUAUAACUGUGCAAGAACUGUGUGAUGUACAUUGCUUGUUAUUGCAGUAUGAAGAUGAAAUUGCACCAAAAUCUUCUGAUCCUUUGCAUCAAUUAUUAUCUGAUCUUGGUCUUCCAUCAACUGUGAAAUCACUAAUGGGUGAAGAUUUAGAAUCAACUCCAACCUCCACUAUUGGACAGACUGAAGUUUGUCUUACUUUAACCAACAAAUUUUUAGUAAACGAAAGUGAAUCAUCUGAUGUUCAGCAAGUAUAUGUGAAAACAAAACAAAUGAUAAUAGACCUUCUUCAUUAUAGAAAUGUAAAAGAAACUUUGUUGGAUUUGCUUACUACUAAGCCUAGUCAAGAGGAGGAAUUGAAAUUUGCAAACAGCAAGGAAAAUCUAUCUUUAUCAAAGAAUGUGCCAAGAUUUAAAAUCUCUAAGACUGUUGAGCAUAAAUCAUUGUAUAGCUUGCAAAAUGAUUUGUUGCACAAUUUAUCUAUUUUAGAACUGGCAGAAUUUGUAUCAAGAAAGAAUAAUUAUCAAACUAUAAUAAAUGAUAUAGGAAAAGACAUUUGUAAUCGCCAUUAUUAUAAACAGUGUUGUAAAAAGGAAUUAAAGAAAUUAACUGAAGCUCAAGAGAAAUUGAAUAAAAAGUUAUCUUUUUACGAGGAUAAACUUGAAUGUUACAACCAAUACAUUAAAAGAUGUUUAGACAAUUUAUCAUCAGGAAAGAAGAAAGUACAUUUUAAGAAUUUAUUUUUUAAGAAUAAUAAAGAACAGGAGGUAAAAUGUAAAAUCUGUUUGAGAUAUACUGGAGCAAAAUUAUACGAAAAAGGCAUUCUAUUGGAAAUUACAGAUAUAGAUCCUUCCCAACUAAAACAUGCAACAUUUGAUAUUAGUCCUACUGAAGAGAUGGGAGUAUUUUUUAUUUGUGCCAAAUUUAUGGGAGUUGCAGUAGAAAAAGUAGAACUAGACAUUCAAGAUUUGCUACAGUUACAGUAUGAAGGAGUAACAAUCAUGAAGAUAUUUGGACGAGCUAAGGUUAACGUUAAUUUGCUUCUAUACUUACUAAAUAGCAAAUUUUAUAGUAAAGGAUUAUGAAAUGUUAAUUUUCUUAUAUUCUUUAUCUUUCUAUCUAUGGAUGUUUCCUCUGUAUAUAAUUUUUGCACUUGAAUUGAAAUUUUAAGAUUUUUUAAGAUUUAAAAUCUUGGAAAUCAUUUUUUAUUUGUUAAUUAUGUAAAAAUUAAAUUUUAAUGUUUAACAUAUAAAAUGUAAUAUACUUAAAUUCCAUUUACAAACUAAGUUGAGUAAAAUGAUGCUUUUUAUAUUUAUGUAAAUUUUUCAUUUAAUUUUAAAGCUGAGCAUUAGAUUUUAAAUAAAUU